GAGGGCUGGAGAGAGCGUAAGCACUACGUCUGGCUCUGACAGCUAGUCGAGGUGAUAACAGUGAAGAUUUGGUGGAAAGGGCCGAAGACGGAACUACAUUUCAGGAGAGAAGAAGCCAGAAAGGCUUUAAGGAUGACACCUGCUACUCUGGCACUGACAUGUUCUUUGCUCUUAAUAUGGACAGUAACUUCUGCUGUGCAGAUUGAAGAAGGAGAACUCAAUGAGACGGUCAUUUGCACCAACGAUCAGAUGCAAGUUAUCAUUCCCAGUGUGUUUUUUCUGAACAAGGAGCCACCUGUUUACGUUUGGGAUAUGCACUUGAAUGAUCCUGACUGUCGAGGUGUUGAGGUUGGGAACGACUAUGUCUUCAGCAUCAAGACGAACCUCACAGACUGUGGCACCAUUAUGCCAGCCUCAAACAGCGCUACCACAACCCAGAGGACAAGCUUCACUCUGGCACGGCAUAAAUCUGUACUUGAGACCACGAGUAUCGAUGAGAGCCUCUCACAGGCAUCAGAUGAUACUCAUAUCAUGUUCACCAACACAAUCCGUAACAAUGAAACCGAUAUCAUCACCAGAAGCUACAUCAAUAUCACAUUUGGCUGUCGAUACCCCAUAAACUACAUGGUCCAGCAGCAAAACGGGGAGAAUCUGAUCAGAGUGGAUGUCAGGACAAUCACUCUGAACACGGAGGAUGGAAAUUUCUCAGUCUCCAUGCUGCUGUAUAAAGAUGAAGAGUUUCAGGAUAAAUGGACCACUGUUCCUUCUCUCACACUUGAGGACAACAUCUAUGUCAAAGUUUACAUGAUUCCAGCGAAUCUUUUUCUGAGAGUGGAGAGAUGUUGGGCCACACCAACCAAUGACCCUUACAGCAACAUUCAGUACACCUUCAUCAGGGACAGCUGUCCAGUGUUGUGGAAUGACCAGACACUAGCUGUGAUGAAGAACGGUCAAGGACCGGAAUCUCUGUUCAGGAUACAAAUGUUCAAGUUUGUUGGUAGCUCCUACACGGAUGUUUUCCUGCACUGCAACGUCCAGAUCUGUCAUAACACAGGAGGAGUGUGCCAGCCUAACUGCUCUUCUGAAGAUGCAUCAGUACGGACACGCAGGGAUGUUGCAUCAUCUCACACUGUCUCAUAUGGACCAAUCAGAAGGCUCAAAAUUGACAUAGAGAAUACUAGUCCAAGUUCAGAUUUGCCCCCUGUGGAAACCUUUGUAUUGGGUGGUCUGCUCUUCAUCCUGAUUGUCAUCACAGGAGUUUUUGGGAAACUCUGGCUCCAGAGCAGGAACUCGUAUCCGACCCAAGAGGCGCAGCUCACUCUCUCCAACAUCCACCAUAUCUCAGAGGUGGCCAGCUAACCUGGGAUCUCAUAUACACACAGUGUUGUGUGAAAUAUGUUCAGUUUGAAAGUUUUGUCUGCUAACCGAUUUUAUAGUAGUUGUUGUUUUUGUCUUUUAUUGUGAAAUAAAUAAAAACACUUUUUGAUUUCCUAACAGCUUAACUUACUUGAUAUACUGUUCAAAAUGAUUUAAUAAGCCACUUUGUGGUUGUGAAUAGUGCAGUCCCUGCUGAAAAGAACAAUAGAAUCCUGCCCAAAACACAAUAGAAAAUGUAAUGGAUUUAAUGGUUAUAAUGGGAAUUGUAUUGGUUUUAAUGGAAACUAUAAUGGUGUCUACUGGUAUGUGAUGGAUUCUAUUGGUGGGAUGUUGCCCAAAACACACUACAAAAAUGAAUUUUGUAAUGGUUUUACUGGAAAAAGCUAAUGUUUAUAAUGGUAUUUUAAUGGAAACCAUUGGAAUUUCUGUGAUGGUUUCUAUUGGGCUUCUAUUGUUUUUUUAGCAGGGGUAACAUACUCAUAGAUAAUGUGACAAUCUACACCUUUCUAGAGCACCUGUUUGAACUUGAGGAGAGCUGACUUCAUACAGUACAUCUAAAAAAUGAAGAACGGUGAAGUCAGUGAAGAAAAUCUCUAGAUCUUGGUUUGCUAUUUUUAAGCAUUUUAAAGUAUGGCUUAAGUUUACAAAUAGCCUACAUUUUUCUGGAGUCACUGUUCAACAUUAUGUUGGUCUAUCUGACCAUAGUUCUUGCUUAGAAACCAAAGUGUAAAUCUGUAUAACAAUUAAUAUCAGGCUUUAAACAUGCAUCCUCGUUAACUAUCUUUAUUAGUUAGAUCAGUGUAAUGGUUUCAAUAAAACACAAUGGUAUUUGUUAUGAAAUAUAGUAC